CAUUACGCUAAGCUGGGGGAUACUAAAAAAAGCUAAAGCUAGGAGAUAUUUUCAUAAAUAUUGAAAAUUACGAGGGGUACUUUCACCAAAGUAAAAAUUAUUCUGUUAUUCUGUUAUCUUUUUGCGGUAAAUUCUUGUUUUUUUUAAUCUCUUUGUUGUUUGGUUUCACCAAUAAUGGAACUUCUCCACCAUUCUUGUCUGUUCCCAAGAAAAUCUUGAAACCGAGAAUAAGAAGAUGAAUCUCUAGAGAGAAUCACUGAAACCUCUGCUCUUUUUUUUCUCGGAUCGGUAGAUAUGAUCUCGAAUCCACGUCUCAUGUUCUACUCUUGCAUUGCAAGAGGAACAGUGAUUCUCGCCGAGUUCUCUUCCAAGGACGAGCCAGAGAUCGAAGCUCUAGCUUUGCGAUGCAUCCAAAACGUGCCUUCUCAUCACUCCAUGAUCUCUCAAACUGUCCGUAAGAGGACAUACGCUUCGAUCAUAGACGGUUUGUUUACCUAUUUCGCCAUUUUAGACGAGGCCGUGACGAAAAAAGAGUCUCUCUGGCUCUUCACUCGGUUGAAAUCAGCCAUGGAGGCUCUUGUUCCAGACAGAUCUGCAUUGGAUAACCCGACACAACACUGUCUCCAGUCAAAGCUCGAUCCUGUUUUCGCUGAGAUCGCUGGUGGAGGUAAUAAUAACAACAAGGAUUUGGAACCGGGGUUAGGUUUGGUUGGAUCACCGAGGGAGAUCAAGAAUCCGAGUCUUGAUUCAUCGAAAGAACAACGCGCGUUGAAGCCGCUUCUGGCAAAGCCAUUGAUGGUGUUGAAGAAGAAUAAGAAGAGGGUGCAGACGGAGGCGAAGAUGGAUGUGGCAGGAGGAGUAAGCGUGAGUAAUAGCAGGGGGUUACCAAGAAACGGGUUGAUUCACGAUCAUCAUCAUAGACAAAAGGCCAAACAGAUUUGGAAGAAACAUGUUUGGGUUGUCUUGAUGUUUGAUGUCUGCAUAUGUAUUGUUCUGUUUGGAAUCUGGCUUUGGGUUUGUCAAGGGUUUCAAUGCAUCCAAGCGUAGAGGGGUUAAAUGCUGGCUUUACACCUUCGUGAUGAUGUUUACUAUUGUGUGUGUGUGUUUUGUUUGAAGUUUUUCUUCAUGAUGCUAAAGAAAAAUAGUGUUUGUAAAAAGUAAAUGUAUCUUUCGUUUUCUUGGAUGUCAAUCUCGUUCAGCUGUGUUA